AUGCAGCUGCCCACUGGAAUCCCAGUGCCGUUGUACCCGGGUGAAACGCUGCAGCAGUACACGCGCAAGUUUGAGUAUUGGCUGGGACAACGAGCUCAAAGUUUAGCUAAGCUACGCAAUGACCCAAGUCGAGAGCGGAAUUUUUGGUUUUCAUUCGCGUACCAGAGAGCCGAGUCGAUUUCCGAGAAAAAGAGAAGCAUUCCAAGCAACCCAUACAAUAAUCUAUGCUACGAGGAAGAGAUUAAAAGAGUGAGGCUCGAGGAGCGUCUACAAGUGGUUACUAGUGGAACAGCGCAAUUUGGAUCCGAGAUACGAGCGCAUAGCACAGCUGGUGAAGGUCACUUCCCAGUUGAGAGUAACGGCGAGCAAGUGACAGCUACGUCCUUGCCAGAUUCGCUUCCAGAUUGGGCAGUUGAGCUCAUUGAUCGCGUGGAGGGACUUGAAAGACAAGCGAUGUUUCUUCAACGAGAAGUCCGUGAUCUCCAAACUGCUGCUAGCUCUCAAAGCGACUCGCAUGGAGAUACGUCGUGUACGAAACCAAGUGACAUGAAGAGUGAUGCUGGGAUGUAUCCUGAGCAUAUUGAGUCCGUGAACAAUGAAGCUGAUGAGAAGAAGGGUACAAACGACGUGAAUCACGUCGUGUAUCCCGAAGAUAUAACACCCUCUACCCACAUUUCAACGAAAGACUACUCCGAGAUGAGACGAUUGGCUAAGGAAUAUUGUUGCUUGGCCAACCAAGUGACGGUAAAUGAGGUGGCGAUGGACGAUGCGCUUAAUUAUUUUAAGGAGGCCAAUGGAGUUGAUGGUUAUCAGGCUAUCGACAGGCGUAACCGAAUUAUGACGCUUGUUAUCUCGAUAAACCAGGAAAAGCGCAAACGAUCAGGUGCAUUGGUGGAUUUACUAAUCCACGAAUGGUGUGGAGAGGAGGAGAAGUUGCUUUCGAUCUUACAAGAAGAUUUAGCUACAACUCUCAGCAGCAAGGCCCAACACGAUAAACUGGUGGAAAUAUCGUUGCGACUUGAGGAAAAAUACGCCGAGUUGGACAGGUUGGAGGCGCAGUUUAGUGAGCAAGUUCAGUUGAGCAAACUGAAAGAGAUUUGCUGA